ACUUAUAACAAAUCCCAAAUAGAAGAAAUAAAGACCGAGUGAGAAAAAUGGUGGCAUCGAUCUCAAAGAGAAAGUCAAGAUCGUCAACGAAGACAGAAGAUUCCCGUAUCUUCUUCUGUAACAAUCUUUGUUCUACAUUCUUCAGAUCCAUUCUCUGGUUAACUCUUCUCACAAUUCUCUUCUUUUUUAUUAUCUAUCUUUGGUUAUCUUUCACCACUUUAAUCUCCAACAACGUCCUCCACAUCUGUGUUUUCUCUCGGAAGCUCAACGAUCCUUACUGUCUCACGGCUGGUUCCAAACCUCGUUUUCAAAUUCCGAGAAACCUCAAAAGCAAAAGUGUCGUUCAUAGUAAAGAUGAAGAAAUUGUUCCUGGAAAGAAUGAAACUUUUUCCGGAGCGAUCCUCGGAGAUACGAACAGUCAAGAUGAAAACUUUAGUGAUGAUGACAAAGAUGGAGAAAUGGGUUCUCGAAAAUAUUUUACUCUCGCUGGAAAGACCGCCGGAGAUAUGAUUUCCGAUGGAGAAGAGUAUGAUGUUGUUGAGCAAGAACGCAGACUCAAGAAUCUUGAUACAGUUCUUGAUCAAGAACACAACGCCAAGAAUCUUGAUUCGUUUCUUGGUGAUAAAGGUGGAGAAAUGGGUUCCAAAAAGGAUGACACUUUUGCCGGAGUGAUUGCCAGAAAUAGAGUUCCCCAUGAUCGGACUAAGAUUUUUCAAAGUGAAGAUGAAAAGGUGUAUGAUGCUCUUGCACAAGAAGACAAACCCAAUAAUCUUGAUUCAGUUCUUGAUCAAGAACCUAAACCCAAGAACAAGGUCGAUCUCAUUUCACUCAUUGACCUAAAGGCUGAGGUAGAAUACAACAGAUACAUCAAACCUAAGAGUGAAGGACAGGGACAUGCCUUAAGGGCAGUGAUCAAGUAUCUUUACCUACAGAGAUCAUGGCUAUCACUGGGAAACAACAAACCGCGAUCAUGUGAAGGUAAAGGAGUUUAUGUUUAUGAUUUACCAUCGAAAUUCAACAAAGAUUUGUUGGUAGAAUGCAACGAUAUACUUCCAGGGGUUGACUUGUGUAGUUACUUCAAGAAUGAAGGCUUUGGUGAAGCUAUUGAGAACCUUGGUCAAGGUUGGUUUAAAACACACAAGUAUUCUCUUGAGCCGAUUUUGCAUUCUAGGUUUUUGAAGCAUCCUUGUAGGGUUUACAACGAGACCCAAGCUAAGCUCUUUUAUGUCCCUUACUAUGGCGGUUUUGAUGUUUUGAGAUGGCACUAUCGGAAUGUUUCUGAUGAUGUAAAGGACCAGUUAGGGAUCGAGGUUUUAAAAUGGCUUGAAUCAAAGGAAUCUUGGAAGAUAAACUCCGGAAAAGAUCAUGUGUUCGUCUUAGGAAAGAUUACUUGGGAUUUCAGGAGAGAUAAGGUUCCUUGGGGCUCAAGGUUCCUUGAGUUGCAAGAAAUGCAAAACCCUACCAAGCUUCUCAUCGAAAGACAACCAUGGCAGGUCAACGACAUCGCCGUUCCUCACCCUACUUAUUUCCAUCCCCAAACAGAUGAAGAUAUCACGAGCUGGCAGAUCAAGAUCAUGAGCAAACCUCGCCGGAGUUUAGUAAGCUUCGCUGGAGGUGCAAGACAUAGUAACCCUAAUAGCAUCCGGUCAACACUAUUCGAUCAAUGCAUAUCUUUAUCUUCCGAUGACCAAUGCCGAUUCUUGAACUGUACAAACGGAAGCUGCAAGAAUCCGAAAAAUGUGAUUGAUCUGUUCAAGGACUCAGAGUUUUGUCUGCAGCCGCCGGGAGAGAGCGUAACGAGGAGAUCAGUCUUUAAUUCUUUAAUCUCCGGUUGCAUUCCGGUGAUCUUUAAUCCGUACACGGCUUAUUAUCAGUACGCGUGGCAUCUUCCUGAAGAUCAUCGUAGAUACUCAGUGUAUAUAAGCGAAGAAGAUGUGAAGGAAAAGAGAGUAAAUGUGGUGGAGAUCUUGAAGGCAAAAACUCUAAAGGAGAAAGAUGAUAUGAGAAGUUACAUUGUUCAUCAGCUUUUGCCUGGUUUGGUCUAUGGAGACUCUAAUGCUAAGUUUGAGAAGUUUCGUGAUGCUUUUGAUAUUACUUUUGAUAGUUUACUUGAGAAAAUCAACAAAUCGUAAUAAAUAUGUGUCUGAUAAUAGUCUCUGUAUAUAAUAACAAGCGAUGAUGAAUUGUUGAUUUAUGACCUUA